CGGCUGCCUGGGUGCUGGGCGUGUGCAGAGAUGGGGCUAACUAGGAGCCAUGUCGCAGUGUGUGGCCGCGCGGCUCCCUUGGGCAAGCGCUCAGUGUGCGCUGGGCACUGAUCCAGGUACUGACAGAACCAGACGGAGGUGGCCGCUGCCCCUGCCCCUCUGGCAGUUCCAGGCUGAAGACAGCUGCUGACCAGGGUCCCCAUGUAGCAACUGCAGGACCAUCUCCACGCAGCCCAGAGACAAGGUGAACCCCCACAAGGACAGAUGUCACAGGGCCUGGAGAGGGAUCGUGCACCCUGCUCAGGGAAGGGUCUGUUCCAGCAAAUCUCGCCUGGGCCAGUCUUCUGUUUCUGCUCGAGAAGCAACAGGGUGUCGGCAGGCCUGGAGGCGCCCAUGCCUCCCCUCGUUUUGCUAAGGAGGUCCAGCACCAGGCAGGGCUGGGCCACACAGGCUCUUGGCCCAAGAUCCUUCUGCUGGGAGUCUCUGGCAGCCCCUCCUGUCAGUUCAAGGGAAGGUGCUAGAAGAGACCGUGAUUGUCCCCUGGGCAGUUCAUGGCCAGCAACUGGAGUUCCUGGGCAUGGCUAACAUGCUGCAGUGUAGACAGGCCCAGGAGUUCAGCUUCGGCCCCCGGGCCCUGAAGGACGCGCUGGUCUCCAGCGACGUGGCCCUGCAGCAGCUCUACGCCUCAGCCUUCACCCCAGCGGAGAGGCUGUUCCUGUCUGAGGCCUACAACCCCCAGAGAACCCUCUUCUGCACACUGCUCAUCCACUCGGCCUUUGACUGGCUGCUGAGCCACCCGGAGGCCCCCGAGGACUUCCAGACAUUCCACAGCUCCCUGCAGCACCGGAAGCAGAGCCUGGCUCGGAAGCACAUUUACCUGCAGCCAAUAGAUCUGAGCGAGGAGCUGGCAGGAUGCCCCCUGCUGGACCACCUGCGGAGCUGUGUGGAGGCCUUCUUCCUGGGCUUGCGGGUCAAGUGCCUGCCCUCCGUGGCAGCUGUGUCCAUCCGCUGCUCCUCGCGCCCCAGUCAGGACUCUGGUGAGCUGCAGCUCCACACAGAUGGCAUCCUGUCCUUCUUGAAGAACAACAAGCCAGAUGACGCCCUGUGCGUGCUGGGCCUCACGCUGUCUGACCUGUACCCGCGCGAGACCUGGAGCUUCACCUUCAGCAAGUUCCUGCCGGGGCACGAUGUGGGCGUCUGCAGCUUCGCCCGGUUCUCAGGGGAAUUCUCGCAGGUGGGGCCCAGUGCCCUUGAUCCAGCUCUGCUUGAGGUGGCAGCAAAUGGCCCUGAGACCCCGCUCCGGGACGGAGGCAGGAGCCAGUGCUUCAGCGCCCUGGGGGUGGUACAGUGCUGCAAGGUCACAUGCCAUGAGCUCUGUCACCUCCUGGGCCUGGGGAACUGCCGCUGGCUCCGCUGCCUCAUGCAAGGUGCGCUCAGCCUGGAUGAGGCCCUGAGGCGGCCCCCGGACCUCUGCCCCAUCUGCCUGCGGAAGCUGCAGCACAUCCUGGGUUUCCGGCUCGCUGACAGGUACAAGAGACUCCACGCCUGGACGCAGGCAGCAGCGGGCUCGUGGCCCUGCCCGGAAGCUGGAGAGCCGUCUGUCUCGGAGGACACCCCGCCCUUCAGUGCAGACUCUGGCAUGUGCUGUGAGAGCGACUCCGAGCCCGUCACCAGCCCGUCAGAGCCCCUCACGCCUGAUGCAUGGAGUCAUGCCUUCCCUGAGGGGCCUGAGGAUGGGCAGAGCUCCCUGGUGGCCUCAGAGGCUCUGCCGAAGCUGGGGGGCCCUGUGGAGGCCAUCGAGGAGCACAGACGGUGGCUGGCCACGUGCAUCCAGGCCCUGGAACGGGACGUGGCCGAGGAGGAGCUGGCACAGGUGGACAGGGCGGUGGAUGCCCUGGACCGGUGGGAGAUGUUCACAGGGCAGCUCCCGGCGACCAGGCAAGACCUGCCCUGUGGCAGGGACAAUGCAGGGCUGCGCAAGGCCCUGGGGGACAAGCUCUCCUCCCUGAGGCGGCGGCUGAGCACACGCAGAGUCUCCAGGGCCGAGUCUUCCCCCUGCCGCUGGGACGGGGAGAGUUAGUGCGGCAAGAUGGCCCGUCCAGUGCAGGAAGGUCAGCGCCUGGCAUCUUUCCCGGAUGCCAACUGACCACGGCCGCCAGUCAGGGGCACGGCGGGUCCUCGGAAGUUGAGGAGGCUGCUUCUGGCUGGCUCCUUGGGUCCCUGUGCCCGCCUGCUCACCCCAAAGGACAGCCUGGUCGCAGGGCACUGGUGGCGGAGCAGCCCGCAGUCUGGGGAGCGCCUCUGCCCCCUCUCGGGGCUCCACCCCGACGGAGGGCCAGGGGGGCUGAGCUUGCCUUCUGCCUGCAGGCCGGGCUUUGGGCCUGCUGCUUAUUUCCAGCCGGAGCUUGAAGAGUUAUCCAGGCAGGUGGUGACCCUGGGACUUGGGCUGUGCUGCUAACUGGGUCCCGGGGUCCCCUCGAAGCGGAGGCCCUGGGGUUUUGUUUCGUGUUGGUCCUGAGCUUCAGAACGUGCCCACUGGGUGCCUUUUGGGCCCCACGCUGCGGGAAGGCAGGUGUCUAAGCUGCAGGUUUCGGGGUGGAGGGUGGAGCCGCCUCAUUCCUGAGGUCGCCUGCUGUCACUCGUGGUGAAAACAAACUCCAGCGCCAUUCUCGGCACCGUUUUCUGACCAAGGUGGCUGUGCUGUCGGUGGCACCAGGCCACUGUGGUGCCCGCGCUGCUGCCAGCAGGGUGCAGCUCACGUCUUCAGGGGCGUCUUCGUGCCGGGUUCUAUCCAUUCCUGAGGGAUAGGACGCCGUCCACCCGUGGCGCCUUCUGUCUCCCUCUCCUCUUUUUUCCAUCCCAGGGAUUGAACCCAAGGAUGCUCAACCACUGAGCCACUUCCCCAGCUCCAUUUAAUUUGCGUCAUGGCCUCACCAAGUUGCUUAGGGCCUC